GGGGCGUCGGCGCCAGCAGAUAAUUGCUAAGUGCAUCGCUAGCACAGUUGGUCCGAGCUGCUGAAAGGUCUGGUCGCAGAGACGCGAACGGGUAAUCCUCAGCGUGCUCCAUCAGGACAGCAUCUUCCCACCUCGGCAGGGCGUCGAGCCUGGGGAUCACCGCCCCCCCCCACCCCCACCUGCUCUUCGGAAAAGGUACCUCUCCUCACAGCCCCCGGGGGUGCUGCUGGCGCUUGGCCCUUCUCAGUGGCUGCAGCCUGAUGAAGUCCUCCGAUAUCGACCAGGAUUUGUUUACAGACAGUUACUGCAAGGUGUGCAGUGCACAGCUGAUAUCGGAAUCUCAGCGCGUGGCCCACUACGAGAGUCGAAAACAUGCAAGCAAAGUCCGACUGUAUUAUAUGCUUCACCCCAGGGACGGGGGAUGUCCCGCCAAGAGGCUCCGAGCAGAGAACGGAAGCGAUGCUGACCUGGUGGAUAAGAACAAGUGCUGCACGCUCUGUAACAUGUCCUUUACCUCUGCGGUGGUGGCUGACUCACACUAUCAAGGCAAAAUCCACGCCAAAAGGUUAAAAUUGUUGCUAGGAGAGAAAACACCGUUAAAGACCACAGCCACACCCCUGAGCUCACUUAAAGCCCCGCGGGUGGACGCCGCACCAGUGGUCGAAUCUCCUUAUCAAAGAAGAGACUCCGACAGGUACUGUGGGCUCUGCGCUGCCUGGUUCAACAACCCUCUGAUGGCCCAGCAGCAUUAUGAUGGCAAGAAACACAAAAAGAAUGCGGCCAGGGUGGCUCUGCUGGAACAACUGGGGACGAGCCUGGACAUGGGGGAACUGCGAGGUCUGAGGCGCACUUACAGAUGUACCAUCUGCAGUGUCUCCCUCAACUCCAUAGAGCAGUACCACGCCCACCUGAAAGGAUCCAAACAUCAGACCAACCUGAAGAAUAAGUAGUGAAGAUAUCAAGGAAGACUAAGCGAAGAUGCCAGCACUGCUCUGCUGUGGAGACUGCUUGUCAGUUACCUGAGGAGGAUCCUUUCUUGAACAAUGAACAUUUCUUAUGCAGAGUCACAGAUUAACCCAUGGCAAAUCUUGAUUUUGGAAAAUGAAUUAUAUUUUCUUUUUUUUUAAUUUUGUGGUAAGUUAUGAUAUUUGGUUGGAUUUUUUAAAAUCUAUCUUCCUGAUAGAGUCUUUAACACAUGUUCUAAGUUAUAAUCUUGCAACAAACCGUUGGAGCAUUAUUCAGACUUAUGAAGAAUGGAAAUUUUUAAUUUCCAGUUUAUUCUAGAUUUCUUCAGAGUGUGAUUAUUCUGUUAAAUCCUUGAUGAUUGUGACAUUUACCACCUCUAUCCAGAAAUAAGCAUUUUUUUUUUUUUUUUGUCAUCGUGACAUGAACAGAUCCAGAACAAAUCACAUUAGUGGAAGAUAUAUCACAGACAAAUACCAGUGCUUCACCUUCAGACACGGGGCCAGGCAAGAGCAAGGAUGAUAAAUAAAGGAAGAAUCUUCAUGCUUUCCUUCUGAUCACAUAAAGGAUGGCUUCUCAAGGUGAAACCAAGCCCUCUUUGCAAGCUGCCAAAUACUAGCUUAAGAAGAGAAUUAGUUUGCUUGCAUGACGAUCCUUUUAGGCAAAACGUCUUCACAGGGGUUGACUUUGGUAAAAUCUUUCCCAAAGGCAUCCAAAAGAAUGAUAAACCCCCAGAACAAGAUAGAAAUAGGUAUUUCUUUUGAAGUUGGUCUGGACCGUAGGCUUUGAUUCGGAGUACUGAUGAUUCAGAAAAAAGUGAGUAAAAAUCCUGGAGAAAUGGCCGCCUUGGGUAAGGUGAGACCCCUGAUUCUUCUGUUUCUCAUCUGAGUCUUGUUGCUGUGUCCAUCCCUUCCCUUUGGGAAGAGGCCCAUGGACAGUGGAUUGGACAACUGUUCCUCUGCGGUAAGGAACAUUUCUGAGUGCAAAUCACAAAGCUUUUCCUGUAGGUUUAAUCCUUCUCAGCAGUGACCGCAAGUGGGGUCUUGCAGGCUGAUUAGAAGAAGUGACCUUGAGCUUCUGUUCAGUAUGCUGCCUGCCCUCCAGCUGGAAUCUGGCUGGGACAGCCCUUCACACCUUGUGACCCCAGGACUGGAUCUGGUGACCAGGUUUUCUGGACAUGCAUUACUGUCCACAGAGAGUGGAAGUGGUCACAUGUCAGUGAGCACUAAGUGCAAUGAGAGGUGUACAGUGUGGCCUCUCGGAUGCCUGUUCCCCGGGUCUGGAGUGUGGCACUGUCCCCUCGAGGACAGGCGUGGGUCUGCAGUGAGAAGUGGCACACAAGGUUACCCUGUGGGGAGAAAGGAGGGUUUGAUGGGGAGAAAUCUAUUUUGCUGUUUUAGAAAGAAGCACACGCACAGCUGUAAACCUCUAGUUAGGCUCGUCUUCAAAUGUGUAAAAUAAAGCUUUAUUUGUCAAUUGUGCUGUAAAAUAAGCAUUGUCCAAGUUAAAGAAAAACAUCUUUGUUUGUGUUUAGUGACUGAGCUCAUACCCUGAAAUAUUGUGUGUUUAUAUUUUUUAACAACCUGAUGCAGAAAAGCUUAUGAACUUGGAUUUCUUUUGCUUUACAAAGAAGCUGUGCCAGCCCCUUUAUGGAUGAGCUUCAGCUAUAACAAUCAGAUUAUUUCAGAAUUUCUCAUCUAAAUACCCUUGUUCUUUGGUAACCUGCCAAGGGAAAGUGAAUACCUUGCCAGAGGUUUUGUUUAUUUGAUUGUUUUUCAGUUUCCUUGUUUAUUUUUGCUCAUGCAGAUAAGGAAUUUAUCAUGCUAGUGAGCCAUGGGAAUGACAUAUCCAGUUCUAUGCAGGAAGGGUUUAUAGAUGGUCUUUAUAUCUUGCAAAAUCUUGAACAGCAGCAUCUCUGCUUGGGAGCCUAGCUGUUUGUUUUUCUCGUGUUGUUCACUUUGGUUGUGUGUUUAAUUCAGUUAUACCCCACUUUCUACUUUCAUUAUGACUGGAUUGGAGUGGGAUGUAAAGUAGAAGUUUGCAAAGACAAAUAAACCCUGAUAAAGAAGGAGGUCAGUGUAGACCUCACUCUGUCCCUGUGCUGUGGUCCAGUCAGGCCUCAAGCUUCCCUAGUAGAGAGCCACCUGGUUAGAGCAGAGGUAAAUUCAAGUCAAGGGGUCUUCUCUGAAACUCUAAAUUCAGGCGAACUUAGGGAUAAUCUUAUUCCCUUAGCAGACAGACACCAUUCUGAUGAUGAAUAUUUAAAGGGUUUUUACUAUUGGAGAGUGCUUGGAGUCAUGUUAACUAAGCGAAUCAUGUACUCCAUUUGAAGUUUUGUUGCAAUGAAGGAAAUAAUGAUUUAAAAUUAGCACCCAAGCCUAGUAGAUUUCUUAUAUAGGAGUGAAAUUUUUUUAUCUUUAAAGGAAAACUUUUAAGUGGCUGAAAUAGUCUGUCUUCUGGUUUUGUUCUUGUUUUGCUUGUCUUCAGGAUUGGACCCAGGGCUUCAUACAUGCUGUACAAGCUUUCUGCUAGUGACCUAUACACCCAGCCGCAGUCUGUCUUCUUAAACAGAUGGAUCACUCCUACAGUCCUGGUCAUGCGAUUCAGAUUUACUGUACAAACAAUUCCUUCUCUUCAGUGCAGAGAUAAGCUUCAGGCUAGUCCUGGUGGUCACAAAUGCUAUGAUGGUAGAACUCAAAUUAAUGAGUUUUCCUUAUGUACAGACUCUGCAGCCCAGAGAACUAAUAAAUGUGGCCAUAAAGCAAUCUGCUAAGGAACAAGGACUACAGUGAUUCCUGCUGCUGAUAAAAAUAGUCAUAAAAUUCAUCUGCUGUGGCUGGACUGCAGAGACCAACAGGAUUUGUUUAUCCUUUGCCUCUUAGAUAACAUAGAAACAUAAAUUAGGUCUGUAAGAAUUUUCACAUCUCCCUACUCAAGUGGGUACAUUAGGCCAACCUGCUCAAAAGCAGAAACAAACAAACAAACCCGGAAGAUCUACAGCGAUCCUGUGGAACCCUGAGCUGGUGUGGUGACGAGAGGCUGCCACAUGUUUUCCAAAGCAGACCUUUUGAGGGAAGCAUUUAGAUACAUUAGUGUGAACACAGAAUAUUAGAACCCCAAUAAGACCAUGACCUUUCCAAACUGCCAGGUAAUGAAACAUACUGUCUACAUGGCAUCCAAGCUAAAUAUCCAUUGUUCAUUUGAUCAACUUGUCCAAGAAAUUGAUUGCUUUUCUUUUGUGACCAGAAUAAGAAGGGUCUAAUCAGCAGUUUACUGUGGGGACAGAUUUUUUUUCUUUUUCUGGUUCUUAAAACUUUUGUUCAUACUAAAGGCAUGCUGAACUACCUCAUAGGUGUGUUGUGUGAUAGCUAAUUAAUAAACAACAAGUGCUUCAAAGCCUAA